AUGAUUUCCUCAAUCUUGACUGUUUCCCUGGGCUUGUUUAUGUUGUGCAGUAAUUCGGCCGCAAAGAGUAUUAGCUCGCCUGCAAUAGACCAGAUGAUUCAAUAUACGCCCAGCCCAGAUCAAUCACCAAUACUGCCACCACCAGAUCUUGACUUCCGAGGUAAUAAUGCAGGCUAUACAGUUGAAUGCUCUACCGCCGACAAUAUAGCCAUCGAUACGCCCAUAGUCAAUUACGCCCUGUGUUUCUACGCAGUAUGCGAGAUAGUUUCUUGGACGAAUGAAGAAAAUAGUAAGGGGGUGGGUCGCUGUGGAUGUGUAGCUUGGCACGGAAGUAAUUACGUGGGCGUCGAUUCCAUUCUGAAUGAUACCUUGUCGAAAGAAACCCUCCAAGCAUGUCCCGAAGGAUCUAAUAGUGCCGGGUGCAGUGAGCCGAACAGUGCCCCUAUCUGCCAAUAUGUGAACAAUCCAAAGAAUAUGUACGUUGACCUGCCAACUGGACCGGCAGAGCUUAUCUCUGACUUUAGCCUGGCCUUUUCGGGCAACGAAUCAGGGGACAGUAUCUACGGAUGGAAAUUGAGCUCCACGGAUCGUGAGAAAGGAUUGUAUGCUUCAUGUAUGACUGCACCGUGCUACAACGAAUCGAUAACACUUAGCGGCGUGAGAUAUCCCGUCACCUGUCUGUGCCCUAUAGUUGAGCACGAGUUUACAGUAGGUCAGGAUGGUAUUGUUUGCCAGCAAGAGAAUGGGCUGGUUUGGAAUGCGUCGUAUAACCUACGAACUAUAAUCGCUGACGCAGAAUAAAAAUGUGAAUAUGUUGUAUAUAAAAUUACACCCAAUGUGC